UGCAUCUUCAAAAUACUGUUAAAAUAAGGUUUUCAGAGGUGAGCUGCAGAGAUACUGGAAAGAUUCUACUACUCAGACUCACUAAGAGAAGUAUGCCUCAUAACGUCCUGUGGUCUGCUGGUGAUUCAUUCUCUAGUUUAUAGCCUAUGACAACGUUAUCUACAGAAGCUAAUUUCAGAUUCCCUGAAAUGCUCAUCAUUAAGUUGAGGUCAAACAGCAGACACAGGUAUUUCAAUUUUUUUUUUCUUUUUGGAAAAACAUCUCUAGAUGUUUUUUCUUGUGUUGAAAUUAAUUCAGUGCAUCUAUACUCACUCUCUGAAGAUCUACUGUAGUAUUUUAAAGUUAUUUAACAUGCCAAAUGUUUGGUUUUGAUGAAUUUAAACUCAGAUUCAAGUACUGUAAAUGUAAAAAAAAAAAACAAACUUGAUUCCUAAACAACAUACAGCACUUCUGACUUAUUUGUAGUGGUUGUUAAGAUAUAGCCUAAAUUUCGGCACAAAAACAGAAAAUGAUUAUUAUUUGAGAGAUCUUUAAAGUCAUAUUUUGAAACUAAUGAAGAAUCAUCAUGUCAAAAAAGAACAUCUCCAUACUGAGAUGAUUAAGACCCUUCUAAAUUAUUUAAAUAAUUAUACUCAAGUUUACUGAAUCAGCAAAGACUUAUUGUGGCUUAUCUUCAGUUAUAUCUUUACUGUAAAAUCUUUUGAGAACUCCACCUGCUCUGAAAGAUGUUGUUUACCUCCUAAUGUGAGGGUAAAAAAAAAAAUGGAAAAAUACAACAGAUCGGGAAGACAUUUUUAUACAAUCCCUUGCAGUGACUUGUCUGAAUAACUACCGAGGUAGAUCUACCAUUAGCAAACCUGAAGACCUUUCCAACAGCUUUAUUCCUUUCACUACUUUGUCACAAGGGCCCAAACAAAUUACUCACCUAAUCUUUCCUACUUACAUAAUGGUAUGACAGUCAGUGGGCAGCUAAGGUCCACCAUGGCACUCACUCCUCUUGCUCCACAGAACAGGGAGAGAAAAUAUAAAACAAGAACACUGAUAGACUGAAAUAAGGUGGAGUUUAAUGAAAGGGGGAAAAAUGCAAAGGCUGUGGCAGCAAAAAGCAGCAAAAGUUACUCUCUACUUCCUAUCAGCGCAAGCGAUGUUUAGCUACUACUUAGGAAGCAGGGCCUCAAAAAGCACAGCAGUUUCUCAGGAAGACAAACACUUGGCUAACAAGAGGCCCCCCAGCUGUUACUGCUGAGUAGAAUGCCAAACAAGUAUUGGAUGUCCCUCUGGUCAGUUUCGGUUGGUUGUCCUGGCUGUGUCCUCACUGCACCUCCUGCCCACCCCAGCCUGCAUGCUGUGCCAGCACUGCUCAGCACUAGCCAAAACACUGCUGUGAUAUCCAAGCUGUUCUAGCUACAAGUCAAAGCACAGCGCUGCAUGGCCAGCCAGUACAACUGACUGGUACAAGAUGCAAGGAACUUGCAAUAAUGUGUAUGACCUACUUGACACAGCUAUUCAGAAACACUGUUUUCUUACAUUCCACUCAAAACAUAGCUGGAAUUACCCAGAAGAAAAAUGAAAUGCAUUUAAGGUCAGCAGAAGUGAGAUAACUUCAUAGAGCACAUCUGUUAACAGCAGGAGUCAAAGAAGAGGGAGUGCAAGUAAACAAAGCAUUCCUCUGACACAAAUGAAGUAACCUGUUAGGUAGCAAGGUUAGAAUGGAAAGUAUCCAUUCUGAGAUACCACUAAGCUACAAGUAAAAUCUGCAAGUUAGAACAGUCAUUACCAUUUGUUCAAGAAUUGCCAGUCCAAAGAAUAAUACGUGCAUUACUGCAAGCAAUAAAUACCAACCCCAACAAACAUUAACCUUUAUUAUUAGUGAGAAUGAUCAUAAAAGCUAAAUGUAUAUGCUGUCGUCUUGUUGUUUCCUGAAUUAAAGUUGAAAAUUACUUUUUAUGAUAUAAUUAGUAAGCAGUAUCUGAAAAGGUUCAAACUAGACUGACAGGACCAGCCCACAGAGUGCUCCAUUCUGCAGUCCCUUGGAAUUUGAACUCCUUGAUCUCUUCGUACAUAUACAGCUGAGAGGGAAGGAGUCUUCUCCCAUGGCUGUAGAAUGUAAUUUCUCUUGUCCAUGAAGAAAAAAAAACACAGUAGAAUUCUUGAACUCAAUGUUGUUUUUUAAGUGGCUCAGAAAAGCAUUGCUGAUAGAAGUCCAAGCCCUUUAACAGCUUUAUACCAUCUUAAGAUUAACCCUUAAAAUAAAACUAGAUAACAAAUAAGUAUACUUCUCUAUUUUUAUAAGGAAACAGGCUAAAUAAAAUCAAACCACUGACAGAGAUUAAACAUGUCUACUCAACAAAUGAGAACUUUCUAAAUAUAUAUUCAAUGUUGACUCAAUAAAUUGGUUGCUUAGUGAAAAACUAACAGAUUUUCAAGGUUGCCUGUAUUAUAUCUCAAACAAAAUAAAGGAGAGAGGUGUGAUGCAGAAAAAAUCUGAGAACAUCAUAGGGGGAUGUAGAAUGUCUAUCUGCAUGUAAAACUCAAAGCUUACUCACUCUCAAUACACUGCAUCUAAAAAAAAAAUAUGUGAUUCCUUGUUAAGUAAGGUUUUUAAGACAACACACUCCAUUAUCAUUCCACCAAAAUUACCCAAGGAUUUGUACAUCUCCUUUUUUGUUGGUCUGGAAAUUCCAGGCUGCAGAUGACAUGAAAGGUCUAUUUACUUCACCUUCAGAGUAAAAAAAAGCUAGCCCCAUGUAUGAUUCCCCUUCCCAUCCCCAAAAUAUUUCUUCUUUUCACAUGAGCUAUUUCAGUAGUCUGUGUCAUUUCCAUAAAAACAAAGGAGCAGUAAGAAGAUUACGUCUCUUAAUCAUCAAGCCUAGAGAACACAGAAAUACAUUAUAUAAUAUUCAAUACAAAGCUAAGUAUAUGCAAUUGAUAGAUGUAGAAACAUCAGUACAUCAUGAUUACCAAGAAAAUUAUUUUUUUUAAGUCCUUGUAAAAGGAUGCAGAAAAAAAGAGUAAAUUGUUGAUAUCUGGCUUUUCAUAUGCUUAAGGACUUUGGCUUUAAUAUUCUUUAUUCUCUUUACCUGCUGGUAAAACAAACAAAAACAGCACACAACUUAUCUGACUUGUUCAGAUGGUAACUUCUGAACAAGUUGGUUAAGAUGAAAGAGCUUUUUUUUUUUUUUUGAAGUUUAACCCUGCUUUUAAUUCUUACCAAAAUCAAAAGUAAAACUGAUAGCUGCAAAAAUGCAGCUACAGCUUUGGUUUCAGUACUGACAUUAUUUUGCAAUCUCAUCCUCAUCAGUGACCUAGAUGAAGGCAUACAGUACAUCCUCAGCAAGUUUGCUGAUAAUAUGAAGCUGUGAGGAGUUGCUGACGUACCAGAAGGCUCUGCUGCCAUUCAGUGAGACCUGGUCAGGCUGCAGAGUUCAGCAGAGAGAAACCAGCUGAGGUUCAGCCAUGGCAAACACAGCAUCCUACACCUAGGGAGGAAUAACCAUGUGCAGCAGUACAGUUUAGGAGCUGACCUGCUGGAGAGGAGCUUUGCAGAGAAGGGCCUGGGUGUCCUUGUACAAUAGGUUGGCCAGGAGCCAGCAGUGUGCCCUUGCGGCCAAGAAGGCCAAUGGUAUCUUGGGGUAUGUUCAAAAGAGCAUGGCCAGCAAGGUGACGGAGGUGAUCCUCACCUUCUACUCUGUCCUGGUGAGGCCACAUCUGGAGUACUGUGUCCAGUUCUGGGCUCCUCUGUUUAAGAAAGGCAGAGAAUUUCUAGAGAGAAUCCAGUGAAAGGCCAUGAAGAUGACUGGGGCCUGAAGCAACUCCCUUAUGAGGGAAGGCUGAAAGACCUGGGACCAUUCAGCGUGGAGAAGAUCAAGAGGCAAUCUCAAUGCUUAUAAAUACUUAAGACAGGAGUCAAGUGGAGGGGGCCCAGGUUCUUCUUUUCAGCAGUACCUAACAACAAGACAAGGGGCAAUGGGCAAAAAUUGGAACACAGUUCCAUACAAACAUGAGGGAAAAUCUCUUCACUUUGAGGGUUACACAGCACUGGAACAGGCUGCCCAGAGAAGUUGUGGAGUCUCUUUCUCCGGAGAUGCUCCAAAACGCACCAGGACUCCUUCCUGUGCAACCUUCUCUAGGAAACUUGCUUUAGCAAAUGUGUUGGACUCUACCUCCAGAGCUUCCUUCCAAUCCCUAUAAUUCAGUCUCAGAGAAAAAUGGAUGUGGCACAGUCUGGGUUGGCCAUAACAAAACACGGUAGACAGAAACCAAUAUACAGAUAUUUCACAUUUUCUUCAGUCUAUUUUUUUUUAUCACAGAUUUACAUUAACAUUACAAAAGCCAGGAAUUCCCGUUGGUCAAGACUGCAUGCUUAAACAGAAGAAUAAAAGGAAAAAAAAACGCUGUCAAUGUGCCAGUAUAUGGUUGGGACAGAACAAUAAAGUUCCCUUCUCUCAUUCCAUUUAUCAUGAUUGGCCUUUGUGUUAGCAACAUACAGACAACCUCAACUCUUCACUAGUUUUGAUAUUUAGGUCCAACAAUAUGGACUUAUUUCCAGCCCUGAAUUACUAUUUUCUUGAGGCAUUACCAUAACAAGAAGUCUUAACAGAUUUUAAUGUGAUUAAUAUAUUUUAGUUUUUAACAGUAGAUAUUAAAAAAAGUCAGCUGAUGUUUGAUUUAAUUAGGACUUACUGCUUGCAUUACCAAAAAUAAUGAUGUGAAAAACACGGGCUUUUUUUUUCUAGUAUUUUACGGAUGACUAGCAGGAAUGAAAGAAGAUACCUUGCCUCAGCACACACUGUAUCAGCAGUGUUGUCCUGGAGAUACAGUUGUACAGAAACUGAGACAGGUCUUCUUCCCCUAAAGCAAGAUUUUUAAGCAUUUACAAAAACGAAAAAUUAACUGAAACUGCACACGAAAGGAACACAAGCUGCCCACUCAGCCAUCUUCAGGUUAAUGAAAAACAAAUGAGAGAUUUCUGCUUACACUUCUCCCAUCUCCUCAAGAUGGAAACAAGCAGUUUUUGUGGGAUGCACUUAACAUCUGGACAGAUGUUUUUAAACACAUCCACACUACAACAAUUCAAGUUUAUCUUUCCACAAAGUUUCUAAACCAGAAAUAGCUUGACAUGAAAUUAAAAUGCACUCAAAUUAUGAUUUCCUUUCACUAUAUAAUAAAAUACUCUAGUACUGGACAAACGUCUAAUAAUUGGACAAACAUUCUUAACAAAUGGAAAAAAAACCUUUUUGUUUUUAAAGAUAAACUAAUUGGACUAUUGGUUUACCUGUGGUUCCCAUCUCAUCAGCUACUUGGCUGAGAACAAGUUUAAUUAUUACCUUUUAUAACCUCUGUACUUAAGCUGCUGUUGCUUCUGCGUAUUCUGGUUUCGGACAUGGACCUGUGUUGCUCUCUAACUGGCUGGUAAAUCUAACGGGAGGAAACAGAAACACACUAUACAGAGAUCCCUGGAGCCUGAAUUACACCAAGGAAAUACAAAUAAGGUAAGUGAAAGUAUGAAUUACUGGAAGAUGACAACAUAUUCUAGACAAAAAACUUUGAAGAGAGAAGUUGGGGACAAAGCUGUAGUAGAAUUCAGUGACCCAAGCCCUGCAUUCUUUACAUCUGGGCAGUUUUCUAUUAUAGCCUGAAUCUUAAGUUGGAUUAUUUUGAUUUUUAAAAUUUUUUAAUUCAAAACAUAAACCAUCUCUCUCUAUAGCAGAAACAUUUCUGAAGACCAGCAGUACCGAGAUGGAUGUUCCAUCAAUUUAAAAUGCUACGGAAAAGCCAAGAAUUACUGGAUACUAGCUGAGUUGCCCAAACAUGAAGCAUACCCGAGUUAUUGUCUGUUUAGCUACGAGACAAUUGGCAAUGUUCAGAUUCUAACAACUACAGGUGGAGAGUCUAAGGAGAGAGGAGAUUGACUGAAUCAACUGUGGGAAUCAAGACUUAUCUAUCUUAACUUCCAUUUCCAUCUCUACCUCAGGUUGGAUUUUAUUCCAAUACUGUGUGAAACAAGCAAAAUUCAAGAAAAUAAUACAUUCACAAGUCUAAAAUUAACUUUUUUUGAAGUCAAAAUUGUUUGCAGUCUAAUUCUAAACAGAAUAUAAUAUUCAGUAGAAGAAAUUCACCCUAAGUCAACACAGAGAAGAACAGCAACACUUUCUGAAGCAAAGAGCUGCUCAUUAGACAAUUACAGGAAAUGACACCUGGUCUAACAUACUUGCAUCUCCAAGAAAAUAGGAAAAGGCCUAAUUUAACAAAGAUCAGAGAUAAUGUCUCCUAGAUAAGAAAACAGGCUAGCUUCUAGGUGAAAGAUUAAAUCAGCCUGGACUCCUAGUUUCUCUCCUUUGAAUGCCUCUAUGCUGAUUUUUUUUUCCCUCUGAUUUAUUUAGAUAUUUCAACAAGUAAAUCAAAUGGGUGAAGGAAGCUUGAGGAAAAGAAAAGAACAGGACAACAGAAAGGAGGAUGGACAAUCCAUUCAGAGUCAGGAACCCAAAGCUACGAACCUACAAAAACAGGUGGGCCUGAUUAGUGGAAUCUGUAUGAUCGUUGGUACAAUUAUUGGCUCAGGUAUCUUUGUUUCUCCAAAAUCAGUACUUGCCAACGUUGGAGCUGUGGGUCCUUGUUUAACCAUCUGGGCAGCCUGUGGAGUUCUGGCAACACUAGGUGCACUUUGUUUUGCUGAGCUUGGGACAAUGAUCACAAAAUCAGGAGGAGAAUACCCUUACCUUAUGGAGGCCUUUGGCCCAAUACCAGCAUUUCUGUUUUCUUGGGCAAGCUUGCUCGUCAUGAAACCCAGUUCUUUCGCUAUCAUAUGUCUCAGUUUUGCAGAAUACGCAUCGGCUCCCUUUUAUCCAGGUUGCAAUCCACCUCCAGUAGUCAUCAAGUGCCUUGCAGCAGCUGCCAUUGUGGUAAUUACAAUAGUGAAUUCACUGAGUGUGAAGCUGGGAAGUUACCUCCAGAAUUUUCUCACAGCUGCUAAAAUGAUAGUUGUGGCAAUCAUUGCUGUAACUGGAAUUGUUCUCCUUGCACAAGGAAAAACCCAAAACUUUCAAGAUUCUUUCAAGGACAGUAAGAUUUCUGUUAGCUCUAUCGGUUUGGCGUUCUAUAAUGGACUGUGGGCAUACGACGGAUGGAAUCAACUCAAUUACAUCACAGAAGAACUUAAGAAUCCUUACAGAAACCUACCACUAUCUAUAAUUAUUGGAAUCCCCUUGGUUACAGUUUGUUACGUUUUGAUAAACAUUUCCUAUUUCACCGUAAUGACUUCAACAGAACUCCUACAGUCCCAGGCAGUUGCUGUGACAUGGGGAGACAGAGUCCUUUAUCCAGCAUCUUGGAUAGUCCCUCUCUUUGUGGUCUUUUCUACAAUUGGAUCUGCCAAUGGGGUGUGUUUUACUGCAGGCAGACUUGUUUAUGUAGCAGGUCGUGAAGGGCACAUGCUAGAGGUGCUCUCUUACAUUAGUGUUAAGCGCUUAACACCAGCACCUGCUAUCAUAUUUUAUGGGGCUAUUACUAUCAUUUAUAUUAUCCCUGGUGACAUUAACACACUCAUAAACUAUUUUAGUUUUGCGGUCUGGAUAUUUUAUGGUUUAAGUGUAUUUGCACUUAUUGUUAUGAGAUUUACAAGAAGGGAAUUCAAGAGACCAAUCAGGAUACCUAUCGUCAUUCCAGUUAUAGUGACAUUAGUGUCCAUUUUAUUGGUACUGGCACCAAUCAUCACUGCACCUGAACUGGCCUAUUUGUACUGUGUUUUAUUUAUACUAAGUGGACUUAUAUUUUAUGUACUUUUUGUUCAUUUUAAGUUCAAGUGGUCCCAGAAAAUAUCAAAGCCCAUCACUAUGUACCUUCAGAUGCUUUUGGAAGUUGUUCCACCAGAGGAAGUUGCAGAAUAAAAUAUUCUGUAUGUGAUAGAGUGUUUUUAAGUGCUACAUCAGUUGAAGGAGAUUCCAUUUAGUUUGGGGCACGUUUAAGCUUUCUGCAUUGGUAUGUUCAUACCAGUGUGCGGUAUUUUUGCAAUGCUACUUAGUACGUGAAGUACGUUAAAUAUAAGAAUAAAAGACUUCUGAGACACAUCAGUGUACAGCAGAGACUUUUUCACUGUUUGCUAAUAUAUUAAGUUUGUCUUAUUUUCUGCACUAAUACCACUUAAAAAAAG